UAAUCACAAUUGCACUGGAGAAUUAAGAGUGUCUUACCUUGAAAAACUGAUCCGCAGGAUUGAAAUUAUCACCCCAUCCUGACAAUCCGCCGCGAAAAGCCCUGGUUGAGUACUUGUAGUGUCCUUUGGGUGCUGAAAUGCCACUGCAAUUGUACCGCGAAUGCCUCACAACCGACCUUAAAGAGUGACCACAGUGAGAAACCACUCGAAAAAAAACACCCUUAAUCAGACACACCCUCUCUCAAUGGUCACCACUCUUCUCCUUCCGUCUGGAUCUUCAACCAGUUUCGUGAAGGCGUAGACAAAAUUGGGCUUCUGCAUCAUUUUCACGAUCAGCAAAUCACAAUAAAACACUUGACAAUGAUUUAGUGAGCGAACGAAUGUGAGUGAAAAAUUGCGGGAAACCUUUGGCUCACGUCGCGAUCAGCCGUGAGUGCGCGUGAGCAAUUGAAAACAGUAAUUAGAGUUGAAACGAAAAUACACAAUGAAUGAAGGCGAAAGAGAAAAGAGAAUGAAUUGCCAAGAAUUUAGAAGAUGUGCUCACUUGAUUAAUUACACGGAAAAGCAACUCUUCUGCGAAUUGUCAACAUGCAGAGUGAAAUUACAAAGUUUACACGACGAAAUGCCAUCUCUGGAGCGACAUAAAGUUUACCAGUGCGUCUGGUCGCCAGAUUUUCACGAGACAAAGCCGCGAUAGCGCGAAAUUUAUUUUCGAGAAUGUACACAACUAUAAAUAUUCCCCAUGUCGCUACAUUUUACAACACCCACAUUUUGCAAGCAAGUGUUCAGUAGCCAAUUGCGGGUGGUCAGUGAAAAUUGCACUUGACGAUCGCACUUCUGGAUUUAUCUAAUCACAUAGAAGGAUCAAGAUAAGUCUGUCUGAAGACAUCGAAUGGGGAGAGAAAGUCAGUCAGUAGAAGGUUUUUCUCGCAAUUAGAGAUGAUUAAUAUUCGUCCGAUCAGUUCAGAAUUAGCCAAAGUAGCUAAGGAAGAGAUUAAUGAGGUGCCCGAGAGGAUCAGUGAGGAUCUGGAGGCGCUCAAGGAGUGGAUAAGAAAGCAACCGCACUUGAGAGCGCGAACAAGUGAUCAAUUCCUCGUUGGCUUCUUGCGCGGCUGCAAGUGGAGCCUCGAGAGGGCCAAGGAGAAGAUUGAGGACUUCUACACGCUCAGAGGAAGAAUUCCAGAACUGAUGAAAGGACGAGAUCCUCUAGAUAAGAGGACCAGGAAGCUCAUCAGGACGGGCGUGGGUUUGCCUCUUCCACUGACAGAAGCGCCAGGAAAGCCCAGGAUAAUGCUGAUCCGUCCGGCAGCCUAUGAUCCUGCGCUCUUCACCUUCGCCGAUGUGAUGAAAGUGGGCAAUAUGAUUGGAGAUGUGCUGCUGCUGGAGGACGAUAACAUGAUGAUAGCGGGCCAGAUAGAUAUCCUCGAUUUGGCUGAUGUUUCUGCUGGUCAUUUCAUGCAAAUGAAUCCUGGCCUCAUGCGGAAAAUCACCCUUUUGACGCAGAAAGCAAAUCCUAUGCGACAAAUUGAGACGCACUGCAUCAACACUCCUCCAGGCUUCGAGACGAUCUUCAACAUGUUUAAGGGAUUCGUGAAUGAGAAGCAGAGGAACAGGAUUCACGUUCAUCGGAACACUGAAGAGCUGUUCAAGUGCAUUCCCAGGAAGCUCUUUCCCACCGAAUAUGGCGGAGAAGCGGGAAAGAUUGAGGAUAUCAUUGAUUUCUGGGAACAGAAGCUGAUCACCUAUUCUGAGUGGUUCAAGGAAGACGAAGAGCAAUAUGGUGUGGAUGAGGAAAAGCGUCAGAAACCGUACAAGGAUGCCACGCAGGAGUUCUUCGGACCAAAUGGAUCUUUCAGAACGCUGAAUUUGGAUUGA